CUGCUACAUAAUCACGCAUUUUUAUUCCGAUGUGGAACGAUGGCAUGCCGGAUGCCAGUCAAAACAUGGCGACGCCCGACGCAGAUCCCGCCGCCAUGCCUGCAUGCGGGCAAUGCGGCCGAACCAACGACAGUCUGAUGCGGUGCAGUCUUUGCCUGGAAGUGUUUUACUGCAAUCGUGAGUGUCAAGUGGUGGCGUGGAAGCAAGGACACAAGAAAGCUUGCCGGCGAGCUGCUCCUGCGUCGAGUCCAUCUGGAACAAUGAAGCCAUCCCGGACCGGCGCAGCCUUCGAUGGCAUUGAGUACACGCAUCCGUUUGUGAGAGACUCUACCCGCUUCUACGAGCAGAUUACAGCGACGCAUUGUGCUGACCUGAUGGACCAAGGGUUCACCAUCAUCGACAACUUUCUCGGCAACGAAUGGUCCCACGCUCUCUUGACCGAGCUGCAAUUUCUUGUAAAGAAAGAGCUGCUCGAACCAAACAAAACCCAAUUUCCGUCGACAACGACGCCCGGCGCCGUCGCCCAGUACGCGAAACCACACAUCUUUGAAGCCGACCUGCACAACGCCGCUGUGCGCACUCAAGUGCCUGAACUCAAUGCCCUCUUCCACCAAGACGACCUUCUACUAGCUCUGGCGCAGCACACGAACUUGCCGCUGCAGCCAGGUACCCAAGGCAAGACUCUCAAAGUGCAGUUCAAUGAAGGCCACGGCGGCUGCUUCCCCUGCCACUACGACAACCCUGGCCGCCCCAACAAGCGCCGACUUACCUGCUUACUCUAUCUCAAUCCUUCUUGGACGAACGGCGACGGCGGUGAAAUCCAAUUCUACCCGUUCCUGACCACUCCCGUCGUUGUGGCGCCGCGCAUGGAUCGCUUGGUGGUGUUUUCCAGCGACCGCGUGCUCCAUCGCGUUCUCCCGGCUCGAGCACCGCGGUACUGCCUGACUGUGUGGAUCGAUGGCCACGACGUCAACACGGACGAGCACGCGGCACUGAAUGUCACCGCGUCGGAUCUUGAACACUGGGACGGUUUUGUCGCCAAACUCGCGGCGUCGCCAGUCCAGCGGUUGUUGUCGCGAGGGGUGUACGCGGAAGAGUAUUUGGAAUCGCUAACCCAGUGCAUGGCCGACGACGCGCCGGAUGGGUUCAGAGACAUGCUGCAUUCUCACAAUGCCCACUUGGCUCGAGUCAAGGCAAACGCCCCGCUGCAGUCCCUCGUCGACAAACUCCGAGACCACAAAUUCGCCAACGCCUCGUCCACGGCCACGAUCGUGCUAUAGUGUAGCGGGACUUCUGUGCAAUCAAUCCUACAACACAAUGCGUGCG